AUGACAAGCCUGUCUCCGUCACUGCUGAUUCCUCUACUCAGGACUGCGUCCUUCGUCGGAAACACAAAGAAGGACUCUGCCGUCAAGUCUAAGGCCGAUAUCGCUGUUGCGUAUCUGGCCAAGAACCACAACAUCCCAGCUCAGAGCAUCAAGGUCACCGAUGCCUACACCGAUGCUCGCUCAGGUGGCGGUGUUGAUGUCGCCAACGGUCUUGCCAAUGUCAACGUUGACUCCAAGGGCCGCAUCAUCUCGUCCAGCCAGUCGUUCGCCUCGGCUGACGCUCUGAGCAAGCGUGCUAGCGACGAUGCCUCGCUGAAGAAUGCAUUCAAGUCUCUGAACGACUACGUCAAGACCGCUGUGUCUGACAGCGACCUGAGCAAGAUCACCGUUGCGUCGACCGCGAGUCCUUGUUGGCGGACACCUGGCAGCAUUGAGGCUAUCAACGACUGGGUAUCGCACGCCGAGUCGUACAACGUCUACCCGCGCAAUGUAAACGAUCCUCUGGAAGGCAGCCGCUCAAUCGUGUCGAGCCCAGCCAACACCAAUGCUAGCCCUAAGGGCUGGGUUACUGGCACUACUACCACUGGCAACAAUGUAUGGGCACAGAACAACCCUACUGGCGGUAGCACGUGGAAAAACAACCACCGUCCUAACCUCGAGCAACGGCGCCUUCAACUUCCCGCUGGACCUGACCAAGGCUCCUUCCUGUUCUACACUGUCAACACCAUGCAUGACCUGUCGUUCCUCUACGGAUUCACUGAGGCUGCUGCGGCAGUGGUGUUGGCGGCGACUAUGUCGUUGCCUAUGCUCAGGAUGGAUCUGGCACCAACAAUGCCAACUUUGCCACUCCUCCCUGACGGCCAGAACGGUGUCAUGCGCAUGUACACCUGGACUCAAACCAACCCGAACCGCGAUGGUGAUCUCGAGCAGGACAUUGUUGCUCACGAGUUCACUCACGGUAUCUCUAACCGUCUGACUGGUGGCCCGUCUAACACCAACUGCCUCAAUGAUGGCGAGGCAGGAGGCAUGGGUGAAGGAUGGAGUGACACUGUUGCUAACCUGAUGCGUCUCAAGUCUGGAAAUACCCGCUCACGUGACCUCCUUCUCGGUCAGUACGUGUACGGUCAGGGAAUUCGCAACUAUCCAUACUCCACAUCGACUAGCACCAACCCUUCGACGUACGGAUAUCUUGAUGACCCUAACUACCAGGAGGUGCAUGCCAUUGGUGAGGUGUGGGCUGAGAUCCUGUAUGAGGUGAUCUGGAACCUCAUUGACGCCAACGGUAUGGCGGCAGACCUGUUCUCGCACGAUCUGACCAAGGGUAACUCGAUUGCACUCCAGAUUAUCCUUGACGGAAUGAAACUGCAGCCGUGCAACCCAACUUUCAUUGAUGCCCGUGAUGCCAUCAUCCAGGCUGAGCAGAACCUGACUGGCGGCAAGAACAAGUGUGCCAUCUGGAAGGGCUUCGCCAAGCGCGGUCUCGGUGUCAACGCCUCCAGCGACUGGUGGUCGCACACCGAGGACUACACUGUUCCCAGUGGUUGCUAGGUCUUUGAACGUAUCAUUCAUGUGCAAAUUCGCAAUGUAUUUGAAUUCUAUGAA